GCCGGUCACCUCGCCCAUAAAAGAUGUUCGCAUGCUAAGACUGAACGGAUCCUUUCCUUCAUUUUCUUCCGACGGCGAACUCAUGGCUAUGAAUCCUGAUUUUGACGGGAAGGGUGGCGUCAGCAUAGUCAAAGCAGACGGGUCAAAGCGGUGGACUUUAAUCAAAGGCCGUACAGCCUUCUACAACUCUUGGAGUCCGGUUGAAAAGAACGUCAUCUACACGUCAGUCGGUCCCAUCUUUGCGACUGUUAAAGCAACGGUUCAGAUCGCACGCAUCACGUUUGAACCCAGCCAUCUGGACGGUGAUCAAGAAGAAAUUCCCUGCGAUGUAAAAAUAUUGACAAUAGAAGAAACAGGGAAUAACGCCUUCCCUGCUUGCUCGCCGGACGGAAAAUCAAUCGUGUUUCGAUCUGGGCGAUCUGGGUACAAAAAUCUGUACAUGCUUGACGCCGUUAACGGAGAGUUCAACGGCGGCAUACGUCGUCUAACAGAAGGACCGUGGAUCGACACGAUGCCAAGUUGGUCCCCUAACGGCGACCUCAUUGCAUUCUCGUCCAAUCGUCAUAAUCCAGACAAUCCCGAAACGUUCAGCAUGUACGUGAUGAAAGCGGACGGAUCUGAGGUCAGAAGGAUCCACGUGGCGGGGGCUGAGGGAACGGAGGACGUGGAUAGAGAGAGGAUCAACCACGUGUGCUUUAGCGGAGAUGGGAAGUGGGUGUUGUUUACUUGUAAUAUGGGAGGGGUGAGCGCAGAGCCGGUGUCGUGGCCGAAUCAGUUUCAGCCAUAUGGAGAUCUGUACAUGGCGAGAGAAGAUGGGGGUGGAGUGAGGAGGAUGACGUGGAAUGGGUAUGAGAAUGGGACGCCUACGUGGCGUCAAGGAGGUGAGGUGGAGAUGGGGAGUGUGUGUUUGGGGAAGGAGAGGCUGAGAGGUGAAUUUGAUGACCCAUUGUGGAUAUCGUGUGAUAUUUAAUCGAUUUCUCUCACCUACCAAAAGUGUAUGGGUUUGUUGUCCAAAUAAAUAAUUCUUAAAAAUUUGAUGCAAUAUAAAUUUCUUACCCUUUUUUUUUUUUUUA